AUGGGUCGCACCGUGACGGUGGCGACCACCCAGAUGACGUGCUCGUGGGAUAUCGAGGAGAACUUGGCAAAGGCAGAACAGAACGUGCGUGCCGCCGCGGCUGCGGGCGCGAACAUUAUCCUCCUGCAGGAGCUGUUCGAGGCCCCAUACUUUUGUCAGGAGCAGCUUGCCAAGCACUAUGCCCUGGCCAACCCCGUCGAGGGCAACCCCUUGAUUGAGAGGUUUGCGAGACUCGCAAAGGAGCUGGGUGUGGUCCUGCCAAUCAGCUUCUUUGAGAGGGCCGGGAAUGCCUACUUCAACUCGCUGGUGGUCAUAGAUGCGGAUGGGAUGACAGUGGGCCUCUACCGCAAGUCCCAUAUUCCCGACGGCCCAGGGUACCAGGAGAAGUUCUACUUUUCACCGGGGGACACGGGGUUCAAGCCAUUUGACACCUCCUUUGGCAGAAUCGGCGUCCUCAUCUGCUGGGACCAGUGGUUCCCGGAGGCCGCCCGCUGCCUGGCGCUCCAGGGCGCCGAGCUCCUCUUCUACCCCACUGCGAUUGGGAGCGAGCCGCCCCCCGCCCCCCCGGUCAGCAGCUACCUUCACUGGCAGCGGGUGAUGGCGGGGCACUCCGGGGCUAGCAUGGUCCCCGUCAUCGCCGCCAACCGCAUGGGCAGGGAGGUGUUUGACGCCAGUGAGAUCACGUUCUACGGUGGGUCCUUCAUCACUGACGAGACGGGGCGGGUCGUGGCUCAGGUUGGAAGUGGCUCCCUGCCCCCCAAUGGCGGCCCUGACGCCUCACCGGCCAAGGAGGAAGGCUUUGUGACGGCGACCUUUGACCUAGACGAGAUUCGCACGGCUCGGGCUGGGUGGGGCAUGUUCAGAGACAGGCGGCCGGAGCUGUAUGGGGCAAUCAGGACUAUGGACGGAUUUUCCCAGGCCCGGUGA